CCGGUAGAAGUCAGUGGCCGCCACCCCAAUACUACUGCUACCUCUCGGGGUACAGCUCGACAGCACGAAGUUUACUUUUCGCUAUUAUAGUUAUAUGCUACGCGCAGACAAAUUCCAGUCUAGAAUGCAGUAAAGUUUUGUUUUACUAUGAGCCCGGCCGAAAUAUCCUGUGAUGGGAAAUGUUCAAUUGAAGUGCCAUUCGCAUCGGGAAAGAAAUAGAGGAUACACGAAUUGGAGUUCGCCGGUUACUGUCGAUCUACAGAUGAGAGAAUUGGAGCUCAUAAUGAAUAAUUCGGGUUGCGCACUGUGCAUACUCGAACCGCCGCCGGAUAUACUUCACAUACCGCCGCCUCCGUUCCCGGCUAUUUUCCAACAAAGUAGCAACGGCUUUCAUUCGCAAUCGGAUGUAUUGUCGUUUCCACCCGACCUCAAUGACAGUCCGUGCAAGCAUUUUUGCGACCGUCGAUCCGAAGGAGUGCAAUACAUAGAGAUACCCCAACAAGGUACAGUUUUUGACGACACGUGGCUAUUGGUCUUAAUAUCAUCCUGUGUGGGUGUGAUUUUCAUAGGAAUAAUAUUGGCGACGUUGCUCCUGAAAUGCAAAUUUAAUAGAAGUGGUAAGAACGGGGUAAUAUCGAUGCCAAACGCAGCCUCUGGUGUACAAACGAAAAAUGGAAGAAUUCAGAACGAAGCUGUUCUUUAUCCUUGCGCGACCGACACGAUACAAGAUAGCCGUGUCAUGUGGGCUACUCUGACGCCAAGGGGCACCACCAGACACUAUUUAGAGGAGCACACCUACGAAACGAUCGGUGGAGGACAAUUUCACAAACGUGCCUGUUCAACUACGCCAACUGAACAUGUAAAACUCAAGACUUAUGCGGACCCGCCAGUUACCACCCCAAUUCAAACCCGGCCGAAGGAUGAUAAAGCGUUUGAUAACACGGCAUUCGUAGAUUACGAAGAACCGCUCUCGAUAAAGACUGAUUAUUAUCAACUCAAUGACGUUUUGGAGCCGAACGAUUCAGGGAUACUGACGAUCCAGCAUAGAGGAACGUUGCGACCUCGUGUUAGCUCGCCGACGAGAAUCGAACAUCCAAACUUACCCCCGCUAAAUCUGCAUCCGAAUAAGAGAUCUUUUCGUAAGGGCUCUGCCAUACUGCAAGCCUCUGACACGCUGCUCAGACGCAGCAGCAUUACAUCGUCCACCUAUAUACCAACCAUAUAAAUUCGAUAUCCGAUCAUUUUUAUAUUAUAUAUAAAUGUCUUUAUACGAUAUAAGCAACGUGAACGGUACAUUACCGAUUUGUUAUCUGCACAUUACCUUAACGAUAAACAUGUAAUAGCCACGUAAGUCAAAUAAAACGACGUAAUCGUUGAAUGAGAUGUAUAAAUUAGAUCUGCAGUCUUUGUACUCACUUAAGGCUUAUGACUCUGAAACGUAGAAAUGUAAUAAAAUUACACACACAUUUAGACAUUUAAUAUAUUAUUAUAAAUAUAUAUAUAAUGCUAUAAGAAAAGUCGCCGCAAUACGAAACUACCUUGCGUCGAUCAAAUGAACAACCCCCAAAUAUCUCCGGAAUGAUGUAUAUACAAUAAUAUUCUAAUUUUUAUUAUGUAUGAAAUAUCGUAAGACCUAAUAAAAUGUCGAAACACA